AUGGCUACGGAUACCGUAGUUUCUGUACCAACCAUGGUCCCACAAACCAUGUCAAGUGCUGAUCUCGAUAAUGGCACUGGCGUUGGAGACGGCGAAAAAUUGCAGGCCGAGGAAGACGAUAGAUCGAGUUCACUGAGCGAGCUCGGAGAUCGUGCGGGUAUAGAACAUUCAUCUCGUGCGGGUUCGGAGGCGAAUGACACGGAAGCGGAGACAGAACGACUGGAAGACUCGCCUCAAAAGCAACGGAGACACCGGGACAUGGUCCUCAGCUCUACCAAUAGCGCCCACGGUGAGGACCGGGAUCAAUUAGUAGCUCGUGUUCUAUCUGAAAAACUUGCCAGCCCUGGCCCUAAAUCUAAAGGGGAGAGACUUGAGCAGACUUCCGAUAUUAGCUCUCUUGAAGACUCUGGUGAAGAGAGCGGCAAAGAUUUGUCACUUACACUGUCUACUCCGAUGAAGCGAAAACGUUCAAGCUUCGAGCAAGAUAGCGCAAGCGACCAGGACUCCAUGCCCGAACCUUCUAAGAAAGCGAUAAAGCUGUUUGAUAACAAUGCUGCAGAGGCUUCAGCAAAAUCGGGUGCCGAGAUUGCUGCAGAUGUCCCAGCGGCGAAUAGUGACCUGCAAGUCAUUGCCCAUUCGGCCAUGUCUCCUAGCAACGAAGAGCAGCCAAGAAAGCCUCAAGCACUGCCGAAACAGAAGCAUAAGAAGGGAAAGCGAAAAGGCAAGAGGACACUGAACGAUGAACCCGCGAAUGCGGAACAUGCGGGUUCGGGCGCAGAGAGUACUGUCGAGCACGGUGGAAAUGCCGAGGCUAUGUACAGCAACGAAGAAGAUGCGCCAAUGGAGAACAUGGCUGAGGGCGUUGAAGCUGGAAAUUUACUCAAGAUGGAAGAGCUCGUCGAGAAGAAAUCUGCGAUGGACUCUUUGAGCGCUAUAGAGAGGUGUUUUGCAAAGCUCAGAGACAAAAUAUACGAAGAACGCAUCGCUCAAUGCAACCAUGAGCUUGCUAUGCUGGAACAGCCCGUGCCAAUUCAUCCCGAAAUGUUGGCCAUGAAAGAGGUCAUUGACCAACGUCGCGACCAAAAGGUCGAGUACGAAAACAAGCUGAUGAAGUUCAAAUUGAUGACGCUGCAAAGAGAGAGUAUUGCAAACAAAGCUCAGGCUCAUUCGCAGUAUAUGCAGACCGUCCGAGAAGUUCGAGAUAGUUACUUGGAGUCGCUCAACAGGAAAUACUAUCAAGUACAACGCGAGAGGAGAAGCUGCGAAGGUGAUGUGCCGGAUUACAUGUACACUUUUACGACCAAGAGAUCGCAGCAAAUUACACAUCAAACGGCGUACAAUACAGAGGUUUCGAUACUCGCCGGUGUAGCGAAAUAUGUGGGCUUUCCAGCGGCACCAGAAAUAAGCAGUGCUCGAGCGAAGGAGAUCGACGAUGAUUUACGGAGCAUGGGAAUUGCGUUCGGCGCUGCGCAGAACGCUCAGAGUCAUCACGCGGCGCUGAGAGCUAACCUGUCUGCCACAGCCAGUUUCCCUCGGCAGAGGCCUGGAGCGGAGGAGCAUUUCCUCGAACAAAACCCGUGGGCCAAUCCGCAACACCCGGCUCAUCACCAGCAACGGAUGCAUCGACAGAUGUCCGCAACCCCGUCAUUCACUCCAGCGGGACAAAGACGACUGGUUGACCUCACCGAACCUCGGGGGUCUGCAUCCACCAUAGCGGAGCCACAGUCUGGACCAAGUUCCUCCAUGGCUCCGACCCCUGCCACAGGAGAAGCAUCUAAACUCGUACAGUCCGGGCGAAAUCCUGAGAUGAGCGAGAUCAUUGUGGACUCUACACCAAGUAGAGUAGUAAAUGGAAGUCUAUUGGACUCAACUCCGGCAAACCUAGCGAUGCAAGAGAGCUCGAGAGCCAAAGCGACUAAAAAAGACUUACCAUCUCUACCCAAGAAUAUGUCGACAGACAGCCAAACACCAAGUGCCCUCCCUAAGCCUUUACCGUUUAUGCACACCGGUGGAUCAGCACCGGGCAUUCGUACAUCCACUCCUGUUCGGUAUCCCGUUGUUAAAGCCGAGGACGCUACCGUUGGUUCGCGACACUCACCCAUACCACAUCAGUUCCAUGGGGCAGCACCUGUCAGUACCGCGUCUAACGGACAAAUGAACCGGUUCGCUGCUUGA